AUGGCCGACUCGGAGGGAGACGGCCCGGGCUCGGCGGCUGUCCCCGCGGCGCCCGUCUCCUUCAGCUUCAGUCGCAAGGCCUCCCGGAGGCGGCUGGCGGACGCUGGAGACGGCGCGGCCCCGGGGGAAAAGGAUUUCCUGAAGGGCGUGGAAGGGAGGGAGCUGCUCAGCGUGAGGCCCGCGGAGUCCCGCAAGCCUCUGGCCAUCCCUUUGCCCCGGAGUGGCCCCCGGCGCGCGCAGCCCCCGGCCCGGCCCCGGGCGCCGCCCCCAGAGCAGCCCUCAGAGGUGCUGGCGCAGGCGGUGAAGGAGUUGGUUGAGGAGUCCAGGAGGUCUCAGGAGGAGAGAGAGUGGGCGGAGGGCCACCCCGCGCCGGCCAUCCCCGUGACGCAGGACGGGGCAGGCCGCGAGCCCAUCGCGGAGAGCCGGCCCGAGGAGGCCAACUACGAGGCGGUCCCCGUGGAGGCCUAUGGGCUGGCCAUGCUGAGGGGCAUGGGCUGGAAGCCCGGAGAGGGCAUCGGCCGCACUUUCAGUCAGGUGGUGAAACCCCGCGUCAACGCCCUGAGGCCUAAGGGCCUGGGGCUGGGUGCCAACCUGGUGGAGGUCCAGAGUCUGGCCCCCACCGCCCCCCACCGCCCAUCACAGCCAAGUGAGGAGCACCAAGACGAUGAAAAAGAGCAGCCCAAGGAACUGGUGCCCGGAGGGGCGGUGGUGGUGCUUUCCGGCCCACACCGAGGCCUCUACGGGAAGGUGGAGGGCCUCGAUCCCGACAACGCGCGAGCCAUGGUUCGUUUGGCCGCGAGGAGCUGCAUGGUAACUGUGAGUGAGUACUGCCUGCGGCCUGUCUCCCAGCAGGAGUUUGACAAGAACUCGAAUCCCGGACAGCUCAACAAAACUUCUUACCCCACACAACAGAACGGAACAGGCUCACAGGAGCCAAACCACCGGGAAAACUCAGCUAGGAAACGGAAACACCUUCCAGACCACCAGAGAGCACCUGCCACCAAAGUGAAUGCCACCACAACCUCUAGGACUCAGCACUGGCUGCACAGGGACCUGCGGGUGCGCUUUGUAGACAAACAGCACAAAGGUGGCCAGUAUUACAACACUAAGAUGACCAUUGAAGAUGUCCUGAGCCCAGAUACUUGUGUGUGUCGGACAGAUGAAGGACAAGUCUUGGAAGGGUUGAGGGAAGACAUGCUGGAGACACUAGUCCCCAGGGUUGAGGGCCACCGGGUGAUGGUGGUUCUAGGACCCCAGGCUGGAAAAGUGGGACGGCUGCUAGGUUGGGACCAAGCACAGAGUCGGGCCAUGGUGCAACUGCAGAGGAACAGUCAGCUUCUGGAGCUUCACUAUGAUGCAGUCUGCCAGUAUGUCGGCCCCAGUGACAUUGAGGAUGACUGAGCCUCACCUCUUAUUCCUACCCUCCAGAAAUAUUUGUCUAAUUAGAGUGAGAAAAGAGCCUCAUUCCUUCCUCUGUGGACAGGAAUGUACUAGCCAGAUGGGCGAAGAGCUUAUGGGCUAGAGCACAGGCUUGUAUGCAGGAAGCCCGGGUACCAUCCUUGCCACCAUAUGGUCCUCUGAGCACCAUCUGGAGCAACCUAGUGCCGCAAUGUGAGGAUGAGGUGCUGGAUGCUAGGUCUCUCUCAGUGGCAGGAUUACCUCGGUCACUCCUCUGAUGCUGGGAAAAGUUCCAAGGCCACACCAGUGCUGGGGAACCAUAUGGCACUGGCAGCUGGCCACAUGAAGACAACCUAACUGCUGUGCUCUGUCCCCUUCACUUACUAGCACAAGUUUCUGUAAUUAGGCUCUGAUAAAUACAAGAUUGUUGUAUUUCUUCCUCCUUUAAUUAUGAUUAUUAAAGUAGUCUUAGGUCUGUUAAACCUCACCGAAUUAUUUUUAUGUGCAUUUUUACAGCGUUGGCCCAUGAUAGAUUAGGAAUUUGUUUCUACAUCUCAAUAUGUCUGAGAUGAAUUGCCCAAACUAGCACUGUCUUGACUCAGUUGAUUACAA